AUGAAAGCUCUAAGCCUCUCUGCGCGCGGUUGCCGGGGCUUAUAUCGAUACCUCAUUCGGUCUUCCGAGUCCAUGGGGUACACACCAGACGAAGACCUUGAAGCUAUUGCUAGCCGCAUGACCGUGGAAAUGAUGACAAGAAUCACAUUGAUAACGAUAGCUGUCGAUACUUCAAACGCUUCUCUCCCAGAGACACUGGUGGCCGGUGCUAGCCUCCCAGGUCCGAGCUUAGGACUAGACAGCAGCAGCAGCAACAACAUCGCAGUGAGCCGCAUCGAGAACUCCCAAGCCGCCCACGGCAUUUGCAAUCCAGUUGUCAACCAUGUGAGAAUCCACGGACCCCAAAUCGUCCAAGCCACACAAGUGGCUCAGGUGAUCAAAGAACUGAAUUAUAUUUCCACCGAGCUCCGCGACGGUAAUUGUCCUACGGCAUCGGGUAGCAGCGGGCCAGAUGGCCACGGCAGACAUUUCGGAGACAUUGCGCCUGUUGACCGGCGUUAUCAUCGAGUUUUCGUCUUCCACCGGGACACAAUCUGGUACCUCGCAUUCGACCGACUGGCGAGCGAGAGCCCCCUUCCGCUCGAGUAUUGCAUGAAGAGAAAGAACUUCGAUUUGGACUAUGGUAAGGACAUUGUUUUCCAUGUGCUGGUCCCAUCUUGGUACAAACUAUGCAUCCGUGAGCCGUUGCAUUUCCCAGCUGACCUGUAUCCACUUCGAAUCGAGGGCGAACUCUAUCAUGGCAAAAUGGUCGUCGAGAUGAACCUCCCCGCUGCACCCCCGCUGCACCCCCGGGGCUCCUUCCUCAAUCCUGGACACUGGGAUACAAUAGCUGCAGCAGUGGGGUGGGGUGCCAUCGGUGCUUGUCUCGCUCUGGGCGUGAGCGUGGGCGCGGGCGCUCUAACAGGGCUUGGGGCAUUGGUUGCAGUUCCGAUCUGGUUUGCGACUGCGCCGAAAGCCAUCGAAAUAACACAUUCUGUGAUAUGUCCAGCUGUCUACGAUACGCUCCGUGAAGAGGCGCCGAGAACUCUAGGCUCUACUCAGCGCUUGGACAGGGAGGCAAGAAGAAAGAAUGGACAAGUGCUAGAGCGGGAGUGCCUAAGGUAUUCAGAUCUCCCAUGUCGCCCACAACUACAAUACUGGACUAGCAGCGAAGAUGGAAGUCAAAAGGGCAAUGCCUCUAGAUAUCAGGCAGACCGCUAA